AUGUCAACUGGAGAAGAGUUUGUAGAUCUUAAUAAAGAGCCCGGGAGAGAUUGGUGUUAUCCCCGAAGAAGAGGAGGCGCUGGGCACCAGAGUGGAGGUGGAGACGGAGAGAAGGGAGGCGCCGCUGGGAACUGCUAUUGGGCGCGCGUCUGGGCUAUUGGGCGCACUGGUUUGGUCGCAGAGGAAGGGUUAACAGCCCAUGCGGGUAGCAAUGUUAUGUCGAUCAAGGCGCUGGGCGCGUGUGUAGAGGACGCGGGGGGCACCGAUCUGGGCAGUUUAGGCGAGCACACUAUCCGCGCAAGGGAAGCAACAACUAUUCACCUAAUCCUAGGCGUCGAUCCAAGCAAUUUUGGUGAGCAGGCUCGUGCAAAUAGGCGUGCAGAGGCUACUGGGCAUGCAAGGAUCGACGAGCAUGCUUGUCGCGCCGGUGGGUGA